AUGUCGUUUUUAUCGGCUCUAAAGUCGUCGAUCCAACUGUUUUCUCUCAUUUUCUCCCUUUUUCUCAACUCGAUUCUUAUCUACUUGAUUGCGACGAAAUCGCCGAAAAAGAUGGGCACCUACAAGCAUUUGAUGUGCUAUUUCUCGACGUUCUCAAUGAUUUACGCACUUGACGAUUGGAUUGUGAAGCCGGUAAAGGGAGUGGGGAAGGAUUACGGUAGUUAUGAGCGAGUUUCAGUACAUUCACAGCUACGGAGCCAGUUUCUCGAUGAUCAUGGACUUGCGGGACAGUUGGAUUCCGGAGGACGCGGCAUUCUUCCUGGUUGGUGAGUUAUUGAGGCAGACGAUCGGAGGAAAAUCAAGAAACCAAUGGAAACUGGGUAUUUCUUGUUUGUCCGGACGUCAUGUCUGGUGACCAAGGAUUACCGAAAGAGUUCUGAUUUGAACAUUGAUGACUCGAAAAGGUCAACCUGAAAACACUUCAUUUAGGAUGGUAUAUCUCAGCUGUCGGUUGAGAUAUCAAAAAGUCGUCAACUAGUAAAUUGUUUAAAAAGAUAUUGUGAACAUUUUAUCAAUUGACAACUUUUUGAUAUCUUCACAGACAGCUGAAAUACAAACAUUUUAAUAGACAAUAUCCUAGGUGCUCUUCAAUUACAGCAUCUUCGGAAUAACCAAGUCCAAUAUGUAAGAAGUCUACAGUGUUUUGAUAGUUCAGGCCUCAAAAAACUUGGGCCGGCACUUUGCUUUAAAUUUUCAAAACCAGAAAUCUUUGCAAAUGAAUGAAAGUGUUCAGCGUCGCUUGCCGGAUGUUUCGGAGUCACAAUCUACGCGAUCGCCAUCAAUUUCAUCUUCAGAUUCUUCGCUUUCGAAAGGUUUCCGUUUCAAGCAGUACUUUUGAAUAGAGACCUUUUCCUUUUGAACUUCUAGAAAUGACCAAGUUUCAAAAAUCGGAUUUGUAUUGCUAGACGUGUCAGUCACCCUUACCUCUUAUUAAAAACGAUGUAACUCAGCUGCCGGUGGGAAUGCCAAAAAGUUGUCAACUGAUAAAUUGAUCAUUUAGAUAUUAUGUACAUUUUAUCAGUUGACAACUUUUUGAUAUCUCCAUUGGCAGCUGAGAUACAUCGUUUUGAAUGGACCGUAUAUCCUUGUUGUUCAGAAGAGGCCGUCUCCGUUACUUCAAAGGCAAAUUCCUGCCCGUCUGGUUCCUGAUCCCGAUCUUCGGAGGGCUCUCCUGGGUUCUUUUGUGCUGGCUGCUCAUGUACCCGGAUCUCCAGUUCUCCGAGUAUUUACGGUAGGUCCCCGACGCUCACGCACACGCACAAACGAGUCAUUUGCAGGGAGAGCAUCAAGGAAAACUAUUCUUUGGAAGCCGACAAUAUCACCUACACCGGCGCCUUUUUCUACCGGACCGAUUCGGGUGGAAAUGUCUUUUGGAGCUUUAAGAACUCACUCGGAGCACUUGGGCUCAAUGUCCUGAUGGUAUUUGUUGAUGUACAAUAGUUGAAACUGAAAAAUACGAUUUCCAGUCGAUUCCCUUCAUAACCAUCCUGAUUUUCGGCUCGCGAAGUUAUAAAAUCGUGCGGAAACUGAUAUUUCAGGGAGAAUCGGACUACGCGAAAAGGUUGCAGAUGCAAUUGUACAAAGCUCUCGUCGCACAGGUAGUUUUCUGA